CGGUGCGUAUGAGAAAGACCUUGCAGCCCGAGCUGAUGUUUGGGCGUCGACUUCCUGGCCGAGCGUGACGAAAUUUCAGACAGCAAACAACUGUUCGGCAUUUUACAGUUUCUUCUAAACAGAUUUCAUAUUGUUUUUCGAUUCGAACCUCGAGAGGCACACAUUUAGGCUUGUUUGCCGUUUAUCUGUUUAUACGAGUGCGAACAAGUAAUAUCAAUCUUCAUCAAGAAUGGCGUUGAGUGGCUGCUAUGGCGUGCUGAAGUGGAUCGUCUUCUUUGUCAACCUCAUCUUCUGGUUGGCUGGUGUGGGCGUAUUGGCCUUGUCUAUCUGGCUUCUCUUCGAUCAAGCGGUGGUCUUCAUGGCGAAAGGUGCGCAAGAUUACGCAACUGGGACGUACAUCCUGUUGGCGGCUGGAGCUUUGAUGACCGUCAUCGGAUUCCUUGGCUGCUGCGGCGCCCUACGUGAAAGCCAAUGUUUACUCGGAACCUUCUUUGUCUUUUUGAUGAUCAUCCUCGUCGCCGAGAUCGCCGGAGGCGUGUGGGCCUACAUGAACCGCGCCGACCUGAACAAGCUUGUGCAAGAGAGCGUGCGGGACACGGUUCGCCGCGACUACGGCAAGGAUGAUGUGACAACCAAGACCUUCGACAUGAUCCAGAAAUCUCUCAAGUGCUGCGGUGCUGAGAGCUACGCCAGCUGGGCUAACUCGGCUUACAAUGGUGUUGGCGAGAAGUCGCCUCUGGAGAUCGGCAUUAGUGCUCUGGCGCCUACUUAUUCGGUGCCCAAGUCUUGUUGUGCCGACCCCGACUCGGACCUUUGUGAGACUACUCGCAAGCUUGGUUCGCUCGGCUUCGCUGCUUCCGCUCUCGGCAUUGUCUACACCGACGGUUGCGCACCUAAGCUGGAAGCUUUGCUCCAUCAAUACUUCACCUACGUGUUUGCCACAGGCAUUGGCAUUGGUAUCAUUGAGCUACUUGGAAUGAUCUUCUCCAUGUUGCUGUGCUGUGCAAUUCGUAAGAUCGAGGACUUUAAGGCUUAAAAAGCAGAAGGUACCAUACACAAAAAAAAAGAAAAAAGAAUCACAAAUUAAGGCGAUACGACUCAAUUUAAUAUCUUAAUGGCACAGAAGCGUCAACUGUUCGUAAUCGCCGAUCAGUUUAUUUGUUCUUUUUUGCGUUCGGAGUUUCUAACUUUAAAUGAUCGUUCGUUUCGGAAUCAAUUCUAGUUACUGCCCUUACAUCAUUAUACACGCGUUCGUUGUCAAAUAAUCUAGCAACCUACCUAUAAUUUCCGUUUAGCCUGACAUUUUUUUUUGAAAUAUUUAUUAAUUGGCUUUUUGGACGUUUAUUGCUUUGGUUUACCCCAUCCAUUCUUCUCAUCAACUCAUAUCUUGAAAGAAAAUUACCAUGUCGGCAAAAGAAGUUGUCGCUUUCUUUUGUUAUUCGAAUUUUUGCAGCUGCUUUCGACAUUUUCCUUGAAUGAUCCUCUUUAUCUACCUUAAUUCUUUAUAACCUGAUGAAUGUCAAUUUGCUGUUCGUACGGUAUUUUUUGGGAAGGGGGGUGGAUGUCGUUUUCUGUCAAACCUGAGAUCCAUUUUGUUUGCAACAAUUCUAUGAAUGCUUAUUACCCGGUCUGCUUUUCUCCCGCAAACGCACAGAAUUUUGAGGAAAAAGUAACUAAAGUUCUUUUUUUCCCCCUUCUUUCGGUCGAAUCUCACAAUUCCUUUUGAACGGCAAGAGGCUCAAAUUGAAGCCAAUUCUUUGUUCACCUUUUUUCCUGCAAUAUUUUAUUAUUAUUUUUUUUUUUUGCUCAAAUCGAUUGGAUAUCCUUUCCCAUGCCGCCAAUUGAAUUUCAGCGACCGAACUUAGUGGAUUUCUCUUUUUAAAAAGAUCUUGGCCUAUCUGCCCUGUAAUCGUUUAAGGCAUCUAAGUAAGAGCAAGGCAUGCGCAGUAGCUAUUUUCUUUUCCUUGUUUAUCUCAAAAUUAAGAAACUCAAUGGCCAAACGUUCUUUUUCUAAAGGAGAAAAAUUCUAAGAAAACUCCCCAAUUUUUUUUUCUUUUCCCACAUAACAUGAAUCCUUCGUAUCGCGAUCCCCCAUCUCCCCCCUAUUUGAUAUCUCAAUAUCGUACCACUUGUGUAUGUUACUACCAUUCUGAGGACUGCCCAGUAGCGUUUGGUGUGGUAAAAGAAAAAAAAACUCGUCAUUUUGGAAUCUACAGAAAAAGAAAAAAAACAAACCAAAACUUUACUGUUUAUUAACCUGUGUGUGUAUGGCAGCACUUAUUCACUUUCAUCCAAUACAAAUUCCCGUUUCCUUGUGUAA